CCCACUUUUUGCUUUAUUUUCAAGCCAAAUACAACCCCAAUAAUACUCUAAACCACUCUUUUUUAAUCCCAUAAGCCAUUCUUCUUUCUCUCUCUACCUACCCUCAUAGUUUUAAGGAAGGUCUAAAUUAGUUGGUUUGACUGAAAUAUGUAUGUAAAGGAGUCAAAGACAGUUACCUUGAAGCUUUUCCUUGAGUAUAUAUAUGAUCUUUAUUGUUUUACUUUAGCACAGGCCAAAAUUUGAAGAUGAAGUAUAAUGAGAUCUCUCACUUUAGUCACCCACAACACAAGCUCAAAUUUGAGUAUUCAGAGUCUCCAUUUAAAUGUGAUGGCUGUAAGGAGGUUGGUAUAGGCUGUCGUUACAAAUGCACAAUUUGCGACUUUGACCUCCACAUGCAUUGUGCCAUCCCUUCCUCUUCUAUCUCGCACCCUUUCUACACCAGGUGCUCCUUCCAGUUCAUGUCUCGCCAGCCCGGCAACACUCCUCGAUAUUGCAACGCCUGUGAGAAGGAUGUUAAUGGUUUUCUUUACCACUGCAAAGCUUGUGGUUUUGAUCUUCACCCAUGUUGUGCCAAGCUCCCGAUGGCGCUCAAUGAUGGUGAAAUCAAGCUUUACCUUUACAAGAAAGUGAGUUCAUCUUGUCAUAAGUGUGGGCGGAAAGGAAGAAGCUGGAGUUACAGGUCUUCUUGUAAGAAGUACAAUCUACAUGUAGCUUGUGUGAAAGAAAUGCUUGAGGAGAGUUGGCAUGAAUUGCAUUUUGGAAGAGGAAAAUCUAUCAAAUUGGAGACAAGAAUUCCUAGUCUUAAGAAUACUCUUCAGACUUAUCACAACAAGGACAAGGGUAAGAUGAAGAGGUGUUGUGAGAUGGCUGGUAUGGCCGUCCAAAGUGUUAUAUCUGCAGUGCUAGGAGAUCCUACGGCUCUGAUUGCCGGGGUCAUCGGGGUCCUCAUAUCAGCAGCAUAAUUUUUUUUUAGUAUAGUAAUUUUGGAGGUUGGAGGAUCAAACCUCCCAUCUCUAAAGUAAAACCUCAUGUCAAUUACGAUUGAGCUAAGCACACUUUGGCAAACAACAUAAUUGUCGGUAAUGUCAAAUUAGAAUUAGGAUUAGGACUGGGAUCAGGUUUGUUUAGUAUGAACUUACUUGUAGGAUAUCGGACCUUCAUGAAUCUCAUGAUAUCAUUUAGUUGUAGCCAAAAUUCCAAAAGCCUAACAUGUUAAUUAUUUCUCUAGUAGUA